AAACGGGCGAAAGGCCAGUACCUGUUUUUCAAAGUGUGUGAAGCCCUGAACCUACUGGAGAAGGACUACUUUGGGUUGAGUUACAAAGACAACGCUGACCAGACGGUAAAGUCUUUUUUUUUUUUUUUUUUUUUUUUUUUUUUUUUACAUGUACAGUAAGAUAGGCUUUUCCAGAACAGGGAACACAUGACAAAAGCCUUCCAAUCCAUUUAUUUGUUUUAAGUAUGCUUUGUUUCUGAAGUACCAGUACUACUUUAGACCUAACUACUUCAUAAAACAACAUUCUCGCCUAAUGGCACAGAUGUUUUUGCAUUUAUGUCCUAAAACUUUUAAUUGUUCCUCAAUUAAAUAAUUAGCUAGACUUUUAUUCUACUACAAUGACUAAUGGCUUGACUUGUAACUGCAACCGCAUAAUAUCCCUCAUGAUCAAUAGACAUUCCAAACCUUUCAGCGGGCCUAAUAGACCAUAUAAUUGAUUGUUUUAACAAAGGCCUGAAUGAACCAACAGUGAUUCUUGAAACUCAGAUGGAUGAUAAAGUACUUCACUGUGUACUAAGUCCAGCCCAUCCUCACAGGAUGACUGAAGUGUGCAGUAAACCUCCAGAGAACCCAGAUAUGCUUCCAGGGAAUAACAUUAGUUCUUUUCCAUAUCUCUGUGGACACAGUUUAUUGGGGAGCUCUGUAAUAUCACUGGUUGGAGACAAACGAGGCUCCGCUCACAAACUUCAGUCCAAAGUUCCUCUGCUCUCGCCCACUGCCAAGCAGGCCUGUUUCACAGAAGACCUGGGUUCAAAUGAGUGUUGGGGUCAAUUCCAUUUCAAUUCAGAAAGUAAACAAAAUUCAAAUUCAGAAUGUUCCUAAUUGAAAAGCAUUGAGGAUAGGCCUAAGUGUAAUUUCAGUGUACUUCCUGAAUUGAUUGAAAUUGAAAUGGAAUUGACCCCAACACUGGUUCAAAUACUAUUUGAUUAGCACUUUUGGGACUUCUAUUGGUUCCAUUGCAACAGCCAAUCAAUCAAGCACACCUAAAGUAUUUUAAAUGAUUUAAAAUAGCAAUUGAAACCAGGCCUUGUUCACAGACCGUAUCCUCCUCACAUCUUAUGGCUUUGGGCCUGGAUGUUAAACUCUCGCCUGCACACUGUAACUGGAGCAUAAUGACAGACAGUCAACACGCUCCACAGUCUGUCUGCAGGCUCCAGAUCAGUCAGUGAGGGAGACUGUUGGGAGAGAAUGCUGAGCUUAGUUCCACGUUGACACUGGAAACUGCAGGCUAGCCACAGGGGCGGGGGGUGGAGAGGAGGGAAGAGGCUAGACUGUAGUUUAGUGGAAUGUGUUUUCAUCAUGUGUGUUCGUUUAUAUGAAAGUGGUGCACAGCAGUUCAGGGAUCAGACCAGUAAUGACAACCAUGGCUAGUUUUGUUGUGUCUGUCUAGUGGUCUGGAGUCUGGAUUGGUGCCAAAUUGAGAGUUUAGCUCUUUACAGCAGCUCUGUGCCAAAUGCUUCCUUCUGUGUCAUGUUUAGGAUUUUCUUGACAUACCUGAUAUACUACAGUAUUUGAGAAGGGAAAUAAAAAAGGCCUAGUGUAUUUAGAUUAGUGUUCUAUGUUUAGGUGGUAUAGUCUUACCAAGUAGUUAUUUGCAAUAUGGACGCUUUUACAAUAAAAAUAUUGCCUGCAUUUUUCUAACAUGAGUUGUCAAUCACCAUGGUUACUCAACAGGGAAGAUACUGUGUGUUAGAAUUUCUGUAUACUUGUUCAAACCAAAGCUAAUAUCUCCUUUGUUUCUCUUCUAUAGUGCUGGCUUGACCCUACAAAGGAGAUCAAACGUCAGAUCCGCAGUAAGUUGUGGCUUUUUAACCUUUUGAAACUUUCUGUAUGAAGUGUCUCAUUAAGUAACAGGGCCACCGGAGUUCACACUAAUUGGCUUUACUGUACAUACCAACCUAAUGAAAGGCUUCCACACUAUACCCUAUAAUUUCCACUAGCUAAGCACCCCUAUCAUUCUAUCCCCCAACUCUCUAUUCCAAUAGAACUAAUGUUACUGUAGACAUUUACUGGAUCUUGAGCAGAUACACAUUAUUUUUCUUCUGCUGUGGUGACAUGCUCUUUUCACAUCUGGUCACUGGAUUGCAGUAAUUCUGGAUGGGGCUGGGGGGAUGCGUUUGGGAUGACGUGUGUUGAGUGGAGGGAGGCUGCUCUCUGCUGAACCUCUCGGCCAGGGCAGAGAGAAGGGGGAUGCUCGCCCCCCCAUCGCCAGUCUGAUACGUCCAGAGCACUUAGCACUGCCAGUAACACCGACCAGGCGUUUACACACACACACACACACACACACACACACACACACACACACACACAGUAUGCCCCGGAGGGAAUUCACUCUUGCCAUGGGAACGGCAGCUCCGAGCGGAGGUACUUUCCUGUCCAGGGCCUGGGAUGCGUUACCCUGCUGUUAAAGUCUACAGCGGCCCAAAACUGGCCUCUUUCUCUCUCUUUAGCUUGAUGUAUCCGUUUACAUCAUGAUCAGGGUCUCUGGGCUGGGCUGGGCCCUCCUUCAGGGGCGAGAAAGGGAAUGGGAUCCUCCCUCUGAAAGAUGCAGCAGUCAGAAGGCUGCUUCAUGUGUUGGACCCCUGCCUGGUGCAAAAAAGACCCAGAGUGCUGCCUGAUAGUGAUUCAUGUGUUAUUGUCGAACAUUUAAGAGCAGAUGACCGUGAGCAAAGAAAUCCCCAUUCUACCUGGCUGUCCAGCAGCCAAAGCUAUGUCUAUUUUCUAGCCUUAUCAAUUCAAUUCAAUUUCAAUUUAAGGGCUUUAUUGGCAUGGGAAACGUGUGUUAACAUUGCCAAAGCAAGUGAAGUAGAUAGUAAACAAAAGUGAAAUAAACAAUAAAUAUUAACAGUAAACAUUACACUCAGAAGUUUCAAAAGAAUAAAGACAUUUCAAAUGUCAUAUUAUGUAUAUAUACAGUGUUGUAACAAUGUGCAAAUAGUUAAAGUACAAAUGGGAAAAUAAAUAAACAUAAAUAUGGGUUGUAUUUACAAUGGUGUUUGUUCUUCACUGGUUGCCCUUUUCUUGUGGCAACAGGUCACAAAUCUUGCAGCUGUGAUGGCACACUGUGGUUUUUCACCCAGUAGAUAAGGGAGUUUAUCAAAAUUGGGUUUGUUUUCGAAUUCUUUGUGGAUCGCUGUAAUCUGAGGGAAAUAUGUGUCUCUAAUAUGGUCAUACAUUUGGCAGGAGGUUAGGAAGUGCAGCUCAGUUUCCACCUCAUUUUGUGGGCAGUGUGCACAUAGCCUGUCUUCUCUUGAGAGCCAGGUCUGACUACGGCGGCCUUUCUCAAUAGCAAGGCUAUGCUCACUGAGUCUGUACAUAGUCAAAGCUUUCCUUAAAUUUGGGUCAGUCACAGUGGUCAAGUAUUCUGCCACUGUGUACUCUCUGUUUAGGGCCAAAUAGCAUUCUAGUUUGCUCUGUUUUUUUGUUUGUUCUUUCCAAUGUGUCAAGUAAUUCUCUUUUUGUUUCUCAUGAUUUGGUUGGGUCUAGUUGUGUUGUUGUUGUUGUUGUCCUGGGGCUGUGUGGGGUCUGUUUGUGUUUGUGAACAGAGCCCCAGGACAAGCUUACUUAGGGGACUCUUCUCCAAGUUCAUCUCUCUGUAGGUGAUGGCUUUGUUAUGGAAGGUUUGGGAAUCGCUUCCUUUUAAGUGGUUAUAGAAUUUAACGGCUCUUUUCUGGAUUUUGAUAAUUAGUGGGUAUUGGCCUAAUUCUGCUCUGCAUGCAUUAUUUGGUGUUUUACGUUGUACACGGAGGAUGUUUUUGCAGAAUUCUGCAUGCAGAGUCUCAAUUUGGUGUUUGUCCCAUUUUGUGAAUUCUUGGUUGGUGAGCGGACCCCAGACCUCAGAACCAUAAAGGGCAAUGGGUUCUAUAACUGAUUCAAGUAUUUUUAGCCAGAUCCUAAUUGGUAUGUCAAAUUUUAUGUUCCUUUUGAUGGCAUAGAAGGCCCUUCUUGCCUUGUCUCUCAGAUCGUUCACAGCUUUGUGGAAGUUACCUGUGGCGCUGAUGUUUAGGCCGAGGUAUGUAUAGUUUUUUGUGUGCUCUAGGGCAACGGUUUCUAGAUGGAAUUUGUAUUUGUGGUCCUGGCAACUGGACCUUUUUUGGAACACCAUUAUUUUUGUCUUACUGAGAUUUACUGUCAGGGCCCAGGUCUGACAGAAUCUGUGCAGAAGAUCUAGGUGCUGCUGUAGGCCCUCCUUGGUUGGUGACAGAAGCACCAGAUCGUCAGCAAACAGAAGACAUUUGACUUCAGAUUCUAGUAGGGUGAGGCCGGGUGCUGCAGACUGUUCUAGUGCCCUCGCCAAUUCGUUGAUAUAUAUGUUGAAGAGGGUGGGGCUUAAACUGCAUCCCUGUCUCACCCCACGGCCCUGUGGAAAGAAAUGUGUGUGUUUUUUGCCAAUUUUAACCGCACACUUGUUGUUUGUGUACAUGGAUUUUAUAAUGUCGUAUGUUUUUCCCCCAACCCCACUUUCCAUCAAUUUGUAUAGCAGACCCUCAUGCCAAAUUGAGUCAAAAGCUUUUUUGAAAUCAACAAAGCAUGAGAAGACUUUGCCUUUGUUUUGGUUUGUUUGUUUGUCAAUUAGGGUGUGCAGGGUGAAUACGUGGUCUGUCGUACGGUAAUUUGGUAAAAAGCCAAUUUGACAUUUGCUCAGUACAUUGUUUUCACUGAGGAAAUGAACUAGUCUGCUGUUAAUUAUAAUGCAGAGGAUUUUCCCAAGGUUGCUGUUGACGCAUAUCCCACGGUAGUUAUUGGGGUCAAAUUUGUCUCCACUUUUGUGGAUUGGGGUGAUCAGUCCUUGGUUCCAGAUGUUGGGGAAGAUGCCAGAGCUAAGGAUGAUGUUAAAGAGUUUAAGUAUAGCUAAUUGAAAUUUGUGGUCUGUAUAUUUUAUCAUUUCAUUGAGGAUACCAUCAACACCACAGGACUUUUUGGGUUGGAGGGUUUGUAUUUUGUCCUGUAGUUCAUUCAAUGUAAUUGGAGAAUCCAGUGGGUUCUGGUAGUCUUUAAUAGUUGAUUCUAAGAUUUGCAUUUGAUCAUGUAUAUUUUUUUGCUGUUUGUUCUCUGUUAUAGGGCCAAAAAGAUUGGAGAAGUGGUUUACCCAUACAUCUCCGUUUUGGAUAGAUAGCUCUUCGUGUUGUUGUUUGUUUAGUGUUUUCCAAUUUUCCCAGAAGUGGUUAGAGUCUAUGGAUUCUUCAAUUACAUUGAGCUGAUUUCUGACAUGCUGUUCCUUCUUUUUCCGUAGUGUAUUUCUGUAUUGUUUUAGUGAUUCACCAUAGUGAAGGCGUAGGCUCAGGUUUUCUGGGUCUCUAUGUUUUUGGUUGGAUAGGUUUCUCAAUUUCUUUCUUAGGUUUUUGCAUUCUUCAUCAAACCAUUUAUCACUGUUAUUACUUUUCUUUGGUUUUCUGUUAGAGAUUUUUAGAUUUGAUAGGGAAGCUGAGAGGUCAAAUAUACUGUUUAGGUUUUCUACUGCCAAGUUUACACCUUCACUAUUACAGUGGAACGUUUUGUCCAGGAAGUUGUCUAGAAUGGAUUGAAUUUGUUGUUUCCUAAUUGUUUUUUUGGUAGGUUUCAACACUACUUUCCUUCCAUCUAUAGCAUUUCUUAAUAUUAUUCAGUUCUUUUGGCUUUGAUGCCUCAUGAUUGAGUAUUGCUCUGUUCAAGUAGACUGUGAUUUUGCUGUGGUCUGAUAGGGGUGUCAGUGGGCUGACUGAUCUCUGUCUUGUUUGAACUACUUUAACACCUUGGGUCAAUGAGUGAGGAACAGAUGCCCUAUACUUGACUGUCAGCCACAGUUUGCUCUCUGUGAGAUAAAGACAAAGGAUCUGGAGCACUUGCUGAUAAGUGAGACCACUGUUAUACUGACUUGACUGAUUCAGGUCUGUGGGCAGGCAGAGUUCACUACCAGGUCUGUAACUGAGAUCACUAGGGGUUUAUGGUCACUGCCUGCCUGUGGGAUCCAGUGAAAUGGUAGUUAUUGGCACACUCCAUUUUCUUUAAAGGCAGUGUAGCACCUAUUUCUCAAUGCCAGAAACGUAUAUAAUAGUAACCUAGAGCACCCCAAGAAAACAUUCCCAAAUUACAAACUUAAAUCAAUUGUUAUAAUGUUGUUCUAAAUGUUGGGUUUGAGGUUUUCUCCAACUCAUCUCUAACUUGGUAAAAAUAAUCCCACAAUGCCCUGUGGUCAGCGUCACAUGGUGAAUUGAAAACAUAUACAAAGUAGGAUACGUUUUAAAAUUAGGUGGGCUAAUUGGGCGUCUACUCGUCAGUCUGCGGGGGCACAUUUCAUCCCAUUGUUGACUUCCAGGGCUAUCAACAAUGGAAGGAUGACUUCAACAAGAAGUUGCUUCUCAAAGUGGAUGCUGUCCCUACCAUUAAUGUGGCUUCUAAAGCAUCUCAAACAGCCGUGAGCAUUAUCACUGGCAUAGAAGUGAACUGGGUAAAUGAAAGCGCUAGCUAUGCCAGGGAUGGGCAACUUUGAUGGGGGUGGUGCCACAAUUAAAUAAUCAUAAGGGGCCGCAGGGGCUCGCACACACUGCAAGCAAAACAUUUUAGUUUUAGCAAUUUUGUAAGUAAUUUCAUGCAAUUCUACUCAUUUUGCCAUGGGGUGGAGAGGAAUGUUUCCCGUUUUUAAUAUGAUAUCUGAGUGUGACUGACUAAGAAAAUCAAUGGGGGCCCCCCAGCCAGUAAUUUCACCAUGACUAAGAAAAUCAAUGGGGGCCCCCCAGCCAGUACUUUCACCAUGAUAACAAGUUUAGAUUACUGGCCGCAAAACGAAUGUAACAAUCCCACAUUGUUUUUGCUGGACUAUCAGUGACUGACAUAACAAGAGAAACUGCUGAUGCACAACCAAACUUCGAAAUUGCACCUUGUAUUCUACUAUUGUAACUCACAACAGUACCCCGACUGAAUUGAUCCGAAGGCCUGCGUCCCGCGGACCGCCAAUUGCCCAUCCCUGCUCUAUGCUAAUGUUAGCUAGCUAUACCUUUAGCUCAUGUCUUCCAUCCAAAUAACACUGAUAAAACGAACAAAAUGUUAACAUGUCUGCCAGCUGUUGGUAGCUAACUGCUGAUGUUGUCAUAGAUGGUACAAUCCUGUGGGAAAGUGUGCUUUUCAUGCUGUUUGUGGGGGCUGCAAUUUGGUUGUUCUGUGGCUCUGGCUUUGGUCAUGGAUCCGAUCGGGUGGCGUUGCUUUCUUUUGGAGGGGUGGAUUGUGGAUUUUUAGUUUAUUUAAAGUUUAUUUUGGGAUCUUAGGAUCAAUGUGGUCACAGUUGCUUCUUGUUGAAGUGGCAGCAGCUAACGUUAGCUUGCUAUAGCUAGCUAUCCUCUUCCUCCAUUUCUGAAUGAAUUUGUGGCUAUUUCUUUCUAGCUGGCAAAAUAAGUGAGCUAGAUUUUGUGGACUGCCACAUGUCGAUAACAUAGCUAGGUUUGUCACUGGUAUGAGCUAGUUAAUGUCCUAUGGGAGCCACAGUACCUGCCUCCUGUUAUGUUGGAGAGUUAUGUUAUGUUAUGUGAGGAGAGUUGUAGCUAAUACACCCUAGCAGUUUAUAAAGAAUUGAGCUAGUCUCGUUCUUUCCACAUAACAAUAUUCUCUCUUGAACGGAGUUCAUCGAGUUUCCCAGCCGUAGCCUGCCUAGGCUAUAUGCCUGUUCUUGAAAUCAACAAAGGAAGGCAUAAAGUUAUUGUUUUCAAAUAUGUAUUAUUGGCACUGGCAGCUAAACGUAUAAACACUAAAUAUACAAUUGUUUACUAUACUUGUCACAAUUCCAGAUGUAACAUGCACAAACUGGCAAUUUAUCAGCUCACUUUAUCAGCAUUGCUUCGCGUAAACGCAAGAAAAAUAGACUUGCUUUUUACUUUGAAGUGCUUGAUGGCGUUGACACUCGCGGGCUGUCUGUUUUCUCUCAUUUACUACCGCGCAUUCUAAUUCCAGCGUGUUCACGCUUGUUCACUUGCGUAAUUGGGCAUUUAGCAAGCGCUCUUAUCCAGAGCGAUUUACAGGAGCAAUUAGGUUAAGUGCCUUGCUCAAGGGCACAUCGACAUAUUAUUUUUUUCCAACUACUCACCUCGGGGAUUUGAACCAGCGAUCUUUCGGUUACUGACCCAACGCUCUUAACCGCGUUGGUACCUGCCACCCUACACACACUCAAAUACGUUUUUCCACAUGUAAUUUAUAAAAUUAGAUUUUUUAUUGUAUAAAGACUGUAGUUGUCUAUGUUGUCAAUAUUUCAGAAAAAUCCUCACAUUUUCUAUACUAAAAAGUGAAGUGCUACUUAGUGCGCACCAGCUUACCAUGUACAGUAGGCUACAGGCAAUAUGUUCCUCCACUGUGAGUCAUAGAAAUUACGAUCUUGCUUUCACUGCUUUCCGGCAGUCGUCGUGGUUUUUAUAUGUGGGGAGCAUAAAUUGUAUAAUUGUAAACUAACUAAUAAUUUUGAGUUAGAGCCCUCGGAAACUAUUCAGACCCCUUGACUUUUUCCACAUUUUGUUACGUUACAGCCUUAUUCUUAAAUGGAUUAAAUAAAUAAAAAUUCUCAGGAAUCUACACACAAUACCCCAUAAUGACAAAGUUUGAAAACAUUUUUUCACAUUUAUUAAAAAUAAAAAACAGAAACCUUAUUUACAAAAGUAUUCAGACCCUUUGCUAUGAGACUCGAAAUUGAGCUCAGAUGCAUCCUGUUUCCAUUGAUCAUCCUUGAGAUGUUUCUACAACUUGAUUGGAGUCCACCUGUGGUAAAUUCAAUUGAUUGGACAUGAUUUGGAAAGGCUCACACCUAUUUAUAUAAGGUCCCACAGUUGACAGUGCAUGUCAGAGCAAAAACCAAGCCAUGAGUUCGAAGGAAUUAUCCGUAGCGGUCAGAGACAGGAUUGUGUCGAGGCACAGAGCUGGGGAAGGGUACCAAAAAAUGUCUGUAGGAUUGAAGGUCCCCAAGAACACAGUGGCCUCCAUUCUUUAAUGGAAGAAGUUUGGAACCACCAAGACUCUUCCUAGAGCUAUCGGGGGAGAAGGGCCUUGGUCAGGGAGGUGACCAAGAACCCGAUGGUCACUCUGACAGAGCUAUAGAGUUCCUCUGUGGAGAUGGGAGAACCUUCCAGAAGGACAACUAUCUCUGCAGCACUCUACCAAUCAGGCCUUUAUGAUAAAGUGGCCAGACGGAAGCCACUCCUCAGUAAAAGGCACAUGACAGCCCGCUUGGAGUUUGCCAAAAGUCACCUAAAGAUUCUCUGGUCUGAUGAAACCAAGCUUGAACUUUUUGGCCUGAAUGCCAAGCGUCACGCCUGGAGGAAUUCUGGCACUAUCCCUACCGUAAAGCAUAGUGGUGGCAGCAUCAUGCUGUGGGGAUGUUUUUCAGCGGCAGGGACUGGGAGACUAGUCAGGAUCAAGGCAAAGAUGAAUGGAGCAAAGUACAGAGAGAUCCUUGAUGAAAACCUGCUCCAGAGUGCUCAGGACCUCAGACUGGGGCAAAGGUUCACCUUCCAACAGGACAAUGACCCUAAGCACACAGCCAAGACGUCACAGGAGUGGCUUCGGGACAAGUCUCUGAAUGUCCUUGAGUGGCCCAGCCAGAGCCCAGACAUGAACCCGAUCGAAUAUCUCUGGAGAGACCUGAAAAUAGCUGUGCAGCAACGCUCCCCAUCUAACCUGACAGAGCUUGAGAGGAUCUGCAGAGAAGAAUGGGAGAAACUCCCCAAAUACAGGUGUGACAAGCUUGUAGCAUCAUACCCAAGAAGACUCGAUGCUGUAAUCGCUGCCAAAGGUGCUUCAACAAAGUACUGAGUAAAGGGUCUGGAUACUUAUGUAAAUAUGAUAUUUCAGUUAUUUUUUAUAAAUUAGUAAAGAUUUCUAAAAACCUGUUUUUGCUUUGUCAUUAUGGUGUAUUGUGUGUAGAUUGAGGGGGGGAAACAAUGUAAUCCAUUUUAUAAUAAGGCUGUAAUGUAACAAAAUGUGGAAAAAGUCAAGGGGUCUGAAUACUUUCUGAUGAAUAUCAGAUAACGUCCAUUAUCUGCUACCUGGCCUUUAACAUAUGCGGUAAAUCCAUAUUUAUUAAGAUGAUGGCCUGUGCUGUGCUCUGUCUGGUUGGGGUUUGAGCUCUCUGGCCUCAUCCUCGGGGACAGAUAAAAAGACAUGGAGCGCAGCAGCGGGGAGGAAAUUGCCCUGACAGUCAUUAUUUUUCCAAAGAAAUGCGGUGUAGCUUGACUACGGAUGGACCUGAUGUCACACGCGUGUGGGUGGAUGUGAUAUGAGAGAGAGACACGGAGAAGGUUUUUAUUUGUUUCACUUACUGAACCUAUUGUGUAUGAUUUCACAGACCAGUGGUGUAUUGCUGCCGGUGGAUAUGAUUCUAUGAUAUGGCACUCCCCUCCCUAUGCCUGUGUGCCCUGUAAUAGUACUCUAUGGUGUGUGACUGGGGAAUGGAGGCUAGCCUAUCACAUGAAUUGAGGCCUCAGCUCAGACCCAUUUAUCUGCAGCCUGUGACUCAGACUGGAACGUUUCAAGGAUAAUUGAAAAUUGAAAAACAGGCCAGAGAUGAGGGGGAGACUGAAAUCCCUUGUGCCCCUGUCACACCACCACAGCUGAGUUUUUGAAGGUCAUCUUUUGUAAAAACGCUUACUUUGUAUGCGUCUGCCCAUGAAUGCUCACUUAGAAAAUGACCCUGAUUUCCCAAGCUGCUUCUGUGCUAGAUGACACCCGUUUUUUGCUCUCGAUUUUUGUCCUCUUUCACACCUGAAAUACUACACCUAAUGGGACCAUUGAAGCUACUGUUCUGCACAGUUUCUCUACCCCCCCCCCCCCCCCACACACACACACACACACACCAAGAAAGUACAAUGUUCUUGGACAGAUCAAGUGGUAUUAGGCCCUAUGAUUGAGACAGUCAUGUGUUUAGCUCCCCCAUCCCAGUAGCACCAGUGACUUAACCGUCCUCUCAUUCAUUGUGAAGUGUGAUCAUCCAAACAUGUGACUUGCUGUGUCUGACUCUGAGACAGCUGCCUCACAUUCCAGUGUAUCAGUCUUUAAACUGCCCCUAGCUUCCUCAAAUGGUCACUGACCUCUCUGCUCGGUCUGGCCAAAGGACAACAGCUACAAUAUGACCACUGUUGUAACAGGAGAGGAACAGUGCCACUUUAGUGUGUGGGGUAAUUUUUUGAAUUCCUCUUUAAUGACACAUCCUGUAUCCCAUGCCCGCGCUAAGCAUGUGUGAAUUUGGCAUGGUUUUCCUUCUCGUGUUUUGUGGAUGUUUUUUAAGAGAGCAUGUUUUGUAUGAUUUUCUAUGAUGUUGUGCGGACUUGAAAAGAGAGGAAGUGAAUUCCUCCCCAAAUUUAAUGUAAUUUUCUCCGCACAGUCAAUGUAAUUCCUUCCUUCCCUGGCUCUUCUUCCCUUCUGUUCCUUCUCACAAGGACUGGGGUUCUGGGAAGAAUGAAAGCGAAUCCCUGUAUGAUUACUGUUCCAGCAUACUGUCCAGACCAGACCAGAGACACUCACUCGCCUGCAGCUACACAAAAAGGACAUUACUGUUUCUCUCCACUGAUGAGCAGACACAGAAAACCACAUCUUAUUAUUUCAUUAUCCCUUUUCUGGAUGAAAAAGCCAGAAUUCCUAAUACGUUUCGGACCAUACAUUUCAGGGAAAGAGAGUGGGAAGACCAUUAAGACAUGUCAGGACACGGUGGAAAUUUGUUGUAAAUUGAGCUGUUGCAUAACAUGUCUCCCACCCAGAUGAGAGGGAGGGAGAGAGACUGUCAUCAUCCAUCUCUUCUCUCACCGAGUGAAAUCAGGCUAGUGCUACCCCCCCUCUCAGCUAGCGGUUGCUAGGUGACAGCCAGCCCUAGCCUAUUGCUGACGUGGCUCUAGGCAUCGCCACAUCAAGCCAGUGGUCUGUGACUGGACACACACACAGAGAUGAGGAGGUAGUGUGUAUUAGCACUGCUAAUCCUGUCUCAUCUCACAUGGCGGCUCUCUUAUCGCUGACAACAGGAAGUAUAACAUGGAGCCCUGCAAAGGGCUCUUAAGCCCAUCUGGCCCCCAUCUGACCCCAACUCUAUCAUUCUCAAAGUAGGUUGCUAAUGUAAAAGUGAAUCCAUAUCAUGAUUUUGUGUUGAAGAUUUGAAGUUGAUUAAAAACCCUUUGUGGGAUUUGUUGAACGUGUGGUUCUGAAAUGUUCUCUGCUAGCUGGUUGAAUCCAAAUGUAGUCUAUUUUACUGAGAAAAUCUCCUCGGCGUGUCCAAUGAUGAAAACUCAAAACAGAGAGGGAGUGCAAUUUUUAAAGGCCUUGUUUCUACUCUGCCAUUUUAGAUUAGUCUUUGUGCAGGACCAAAUCAAAAUGACUCUCCCCAGGCUGGCCCAUGUCUUUCCAGGCUUGAUCAAACUUCCACUUCAAAGCCUCUCCUCGUGGGUCUUAGCUGUUGUGUAAUUGCUUACAGCUGCUCCUUCCUUCCCAGUGUGUUCUCUUCCUCUUUCCAUCUCUUUGCCCCUCUCUCCCACCACACCCACACUCUCCUUACGGACAGUCGAUGAGCACAGCUGUUGGAGCAGUGAUGUGUUCUUCUUAGCACAUCUGGCUCAGGAGGCUUCCGCCAUCGCUUGUUUUUCUGUAUUGGUUAUUUGACACUAAAUGCAAAAUUGCCUUCCUCUACAUACAAACGCUCACCCAAAUGCUUAGCCGGAGACACUUCAUCUAGGCUUGAACACAUGUGGCCUGGCGCCUCAGAGAAAUGUAUAAUAUGUUCUCUUGUGUUAUGAUAAUAAAUAAUGUAUUUCCUUUAGUCUUUUAAUCAGACGAGUCCUGUUCUCUCUGUUCUCUCUCCACAGAUGCCUCCUGGCAGUUAGCGUUCAAUGUCAAGUUCUACCCUCCUGAUCCAUCCCAGCUGACCGAGGAUAUUACCAGGUACUGUACUGUCUCUUUCAUCAGGAAACAGAGGUCAAACAGCCACACACCACAUCUGUUCCCCCAGUGUCUCAUCACACUCUGCUCUGAGCCCUCACCUGGAUCACUCCCGUGCACUCCCUAAUCUAGCGUAGAAAUGCCCUCUUUGAUCUGCGCCCGUCAAAAGGUUGCAGCAGUAUCGAAUGCAGUGGACCUGUCUUCAGCCUCCAGAGUUUAGUUUCAGCACAGCCCCAGAUCCAAGGUCACAGGCAGUCGAGGGCAAUCAUCUGCACACACACCUACCUUUUUUCUCUCCCAGUGUGCCGUUACCACACACACGUUAUUUCUGCUGUUGUGAGUGCAGGCUGCUGCCGUACUGUAAGGCACAGGAAAACGCCCCCACACACACCCCACUCACAACCCACAGUGUUCCUGUGCAUGUUAUGUCAGAUCUGAAGUAGUGGGUUAGUGUCAAGAGAAACGUACAGACCAAAUGUACAAAAUCUAUUUCAUGCCUCAAUGAAAUGUCAUGCCUCGUCUGGUCCCGUGUAGUUCAGUUGGUAGAGCAUGGCACUUGCAACACCAGGGUUGUGGGUUCGAUUCCCACGGGGGACCAGUACGAAAAUGUAUGCACUCACUAACUGUAAGUCGCUCUGGAUAAGAUUGUCUGCUAAAUGACUUAAAUGUAAAUGUGGUUAUAGACUGUAAAUCUGUCUUUCUCUCCCUCCCCCACCCCUUUCUCCCAUCUCUCUCUUUUCUUUCUUUAUUUCUCUCUCUCUCUUUUUUUCUAUCUUUUCUAACUUUUCUAUCUUUCUUUCUAUCUUUCUUUCUUUCUCCCUGUAGAUAUCUCCUGUGCCUUCAGCUCCGGCAGGACAUAGCUUCGGGGCGUCUGCCCUGCUCCUUCGUCACCCACUCUCUGCUGGGUUCCUACUCCCUGCAGGCCGAGCUGGGAGACCACGACCCCGAUGAGCAACGCCUCGACUACAUCAGCGACUUACAGUUUGCCCCCUCACAGACCAAAGAGAUGGAGGAGAAGGUUGUCGAGCUCCACAAAACUCACAGGUCAGGGCUUUGUGGUGUUAAAGGGAUAGUUCAGCGAUAACUAUCCCUUUAAUGCAAGCAAGAGGAAGUGACACUGACAUUGAAGUCAUAGCUGAAGGGGCCUCUUUAAACCCACCCGGCUGUGGGGACUGGGGAAAGACACCUGUAUAGAAAUUAGAUUGGAAAUGACCCCUGGCCUUACUAAACCCUGUGAUUAUCAUAUUUUGAAUUCCCUGUUUUCAGCACCUGCCAUUUAUCUAUUUAUUUAUUAUUGACUUUAACUUUUCACCGCUGUGUUUGUUUAUAUGGGAUUGUUCUAUGUUUUGUCUACCAUUCUAGGGGGAUGACUCCUGCUCAAGCAGACACCCAGUUCUUAGAAAACGCCAAGAAGUUGUCGAUGUAUGGCGUCGAUCUCCACCAUGCCAAGGUGACUGACACACGGCACCGGGUUUUGAAAUGUCCAAGCAGAAAUUUUAAAGAAAUCAUUCCUGUAUACAUUUUUGGGGAAAUACUAGGAAAUACAUUUGUGAUGUUUAUAAAAUGCCCUGCGAUGAGAAAAUGUCAACCUCAUAACCGUAAAAAAUAUGAUUGAACUGUAAGCUCUUAACAAGGAGGCAUAGCCUACUGGUCAGUAUCCAAACUUAGUCAUUAGUCGAGGAACUGUUCUACUACGCUCCAUUAUUUGUGUAUGGAAAGUCUGUUGAAACGCCUUUGAGAGCACACAAGACUCAUGGAGGCUCCUUUGAUGUGGUGCGCAGUGAGUGGAAGAAAGAGGCAGGCGGAAAACACAAAGCUAAAGCAGAGAGCGGGCCGAUCACCGCAUCAGCUGUACAAACACAUUUGGUGGAGCCGGAGCUCUUUUCACUGGGCCAUCGGCAUGGGAACAGCCCUGUGGAAUGAAACCUUCUCUCUCCCGGUGGACUGGACAUGGGUUGAAAAUACUCCCAGAAAUGUUCUGCUGGUCAGAGAGAGAGAGAGAGAGAGAGAGAGAGAGGGAAGGGGGGGGGGGGAGCGAGAGAGAGAAGGGAGGGGGGAGAUAAGAGAAUGGGGGAGAGCUCUUAGUUCAUAUCCCAACCAUCAGUAAUCAGUGAGAAAGGUGCAUUUCAGGCCCUCAUGUCCUCUCUCUCUUUCGGUAGGUAGGCAGACAGGCAGGGAGGGAAAAAGGUUGUGUGGAAAAGCAUGUCAAGGCCAUGGGGAGUGAGAGGGGUGCGGUGGUUAAAAGCCAUGCAUUGGUGUCUAAUAGUCACCAUUCCCAUCAGUGGCGAUGGAUUUUCCUCCUCGUUUUACAGUUGAAACACAAAUCAAUAGUCCCUCAGUAUCGAACUAUCCAUACGUCCUGGACUUAAAAGGCCCUUUAUGGCGUCAUGCAAGUUCGAUAACAACUUUAGCAUUGAGUUAUGGUGGGAUGAUUGAAUAUCCGUCCUUAUUCAAUUGUAUGUAAUAUGUAAUCUAAUUCCAUUGUGAGCUUUGGCGAUAUUAAAAAUCUUCUGAACUGAAAUCUGAGAAUGUUGUCUGUUCUCUAUCCAUGUUGUCUGUACUGCUGCAUACGUGACUGUGUUUUCUGUUCAUUGUACUUUGCUGAACUGUUGCUUUGGCUGUUGUCUUCGUGUCUGCAGGACUCUGAGGGAGUGGACAUCAUGUUGGGAGUGUGUGCCAAUGGCCUGCUGAUCUACAAAGACCGACUCCGGAUAAACCGCUUUGCCUGGCCCAAAAUCCUCAAGAUCUCCUAUAAACGCAGCAACUUCUAUAUCAAAAUCAGGCCGGGAGAGGUAUGGAACAGCACCGCUCUCAGAGGAAAAACAAGACAUUUCUACAUUUUACUGUUGUCCUUUCGAAAACCCUCUCCAGAGAUCAGCCGUAGGAAAGAGACUCCAUCAUUGAGCAAAAUACUGACAAUGUUAGGAGAUGGUUUGAUUGUGGAGAUGAAAAUGCUGACAUUUAGGUAUUUCUUUCUCAAGGCCCAAUUCAAACUAGUUUUGUGGAAGGAGAGGUGGUUUUAUGGGGUUUGGCCCAUAUCUCGUCUUUUGUGGAGCAUAUGUUUUCUAACUUGGCUAGUUCUAGUACUCAGGGGAACUCAGCUCUAUACUCUGAUGUCUUCCAGACGGAGCUGUUUGAGAGCACCGUGGGCUUCAAGCUGCCCAACCACCGCUCUGCCAAGAGGGUCUGGAAGGUCUGCGUGGAGAAUCACACCUUCUUCAGGUAACGAUCACACUCAGCUCCCAUGUCAACGACCCCUACAUCGGUUUAACCUAAUCCUGUUCACCUCGAACGCACUGUCUGAACCAGGAAGAACUCGUGUGUUAGGGUCCUCUGAAGUCUGUUGUUUUUGAAAGAUUGCACCUUUCAUUAAAGUGUUCUGUUCCACAUUGCAACUUUAUCUAUAGGCCCUGUCUAACCUGUUGACUCCGUGAAAUGUGUCUAUGCUAACACAGACAGUCCAAGCCCAUGUCAGUGGACAGCGUUAAAUGGUUUCCCCCUCCCACACUGUGAAGUGUGUACCAACUGGAGUGUGUAAUUGGACGGUCUCUAGGGAGCAGUAGGUUCCUUCGAUACUUCCUGUCCAAUGAAAAGACAGAGGGGAGAAUGAGCACAGUUGAGUGGAACAGCCGUUAUGCACUUUGUUCAGGCAGCUUCUCCGUCCGAAGCCUAAAGCCAUGGCAGUUAUCAUGCGCUUAAACUGUCUCCUUAGCUUCCACUCUGCAGGGCUGUAUCAUUAAGGAAGCAAUUGUCCCCAGUUUUAGCCUCAGCCAGCACCAUCUUCAGAUGAACCUUUUCGUCGGUAGCCCUGCCACCUGGUAAAUAAUAUACGCUCGCUGGAUGAUUAUCUUUAAGUCUAAUAUUGCGGGUAAUGGAGUCGCCAAUGACUAAGGUUUUCAAUUUGUCCGAGAUAAUGGUGGGAGGCUUCAGCGGCUCAGACCCCAUAACGGGUGGAGGAGAGAGCUGAGAGUGCUUGGACUCUGACUCCGACUCGUUGCUUAGUGGCGAAAACCGGUUAAAAGUUUCUAUCAGAUGAAUGAUCGACACCGGUUGAGCAUGCAAACAGUAUUUCUUUCCUGAAGCCAUGAGAAAAUGUUCAGCUGUGGGGACUGUGCAGGGUGAUUAACACUACCUGUAUUUACUGGUGGCACGGACGCUGUAUCAUCCUUUCCUACACUUAAAUUGCCCUUGCCUAACGAUUGCAUCUCAAGCCCGGCUUGCAACUCAGCUAUCCUCACCAUAAGGCGAUAGUUCUCCUGUAUAUUAAGAGUACAGCGACUGCAAUGAGAAGGCAUCAUGUUAAUUCGUUUUGUUUUCGGCUGGAGGAGGUCCUGCAGAUCUAUGACCAGAUAAAGCGUCCGGGGUGAAAAAGUACAGCAAAAUGGAGACAAUGCGGAAGUGCGUUGCGUCACCAGUCAUGUAAUAAAUCCCACCUGCUGCGCCUCGCAUUAUUUGACAGUUCGUAAGAGGGGUGUCGGCACGCGCCAAAUUGAAACCAGAUAUGGCAUGAAGAUCCUCGGCUGUUUGAUCGAGCUGUUUUGUUCUUGGCACGGACAACGAGGAGGGGAGAGACAAGCCUCAACAAACACAAAGCAAAAAUGACGCACUGGCUUGCCUUCAACCCAACCACUAAUAUCUAAAAGCCCUGUAGCACCCCUCUCUUCCUGCUCUUCUCUCCUGUCAUUCAGAUCCUCUGUGUACUAAAGCAACUCCUAGUAAUGACUCUCCUUAUACUGUCAAGUUUGAAUUACAAACCCUGCCAUCCACUUUAAUGGUCUUGUACACUGAUAUAAAUCGCCCCGCUUAUUAGCGAUUUGGGCCAAAGAGCGGCUUUUCUUGAACUGUGUUGUGAGGUCAUGAUGUCAUGACAGGCCCUGGCUGGGCUGGAACGGAGAAGUCGUGCCGGGCUGUUGAGAUCAUGAUGGGAUCCACAGACACCCUGACACCCCAGCAGCACGCCCAGGGCCAGCGUGUUUAAAUUGGGUUGAAAUCAGCCCUGGCCUACAUGCCCCUGGGUUAAACAACAGAACAGACCCCGUCCUACUGUGCCUUAUUUGUGGAGACAACCCUAGUAUGGCUUAACCUGACACCACUAGAAAGAUGGACUUAAGUGCCCCCCCCGGCCCCUCAGGCUGGGCAAAGACCUGUUAGGUUAGUGUGUGUGAGAGAGAGAAAAAAUGUCUGAGUGAGGGGCCCUGCAAAGCGAAUGGGGGGGUGGAGAUGGGCGGACAGGAAAGCCCUGUCGCCAUUGGGAGAUUAAGGAUAGGGGCAGGGAGGAUUUCGACCACCGCUCCCCCACCACCCUUGUCUCCCAAUAAUAUCUAGUCCCAAACACAGCUGUUACAAAGAGCAGAGCCAGCGAAGGAGAAUAGGAGAUAGCUUACUCUUCGACGCCCAGACUUUGACUGGUUUCACAGCUCAUGUUCACUUACGGUCACUGACAAACAAUGAGACUGUUGAAUGGAUCCCUUUUACCUGGGUCUUCAUGAGUCAUCCAUAAUCUCUCUAUUUACACACAGAGAUAGCUAGGUUUAUCACUUCCGUCUCAGCGGUUAGCCUAGGUCACAGGCAGGACAUUUUCAUUUUUUUUCUCGUGAGAAUAGAUAGUACUCUUUAUCUAUAUACUCUCACUGUCAUCCAGUAAACUGAAAUAACAUAUCCACAUGGAUUUUACACACUGUAUAUGAUACGGUAUUUGUUUUGUUUUCAGAAUAGUUUUAUCUUAUUUUGGUCAUGUUCUCGCUCCAGGUUGAUGACUCCAGAAGCGCCCACUAAAGCCAAGUUCCUCACGCUGGGCUCCAAGUUCCGCUAUAGUGGGCGCACACAGGCCCAGACACGACAAGCCAGCACCCUCAUCGACAGGCCGGCACCCUACUUCGAGCGCACUUCCAGCAAGCGCAUCUCACGAAGCCUGGAUGGAGGUAGGCAGUGGCACUAGACGACACACACACACAGUUGGGAUUUGGGUUGACGUAUUCUUAUGCACAGUGCCCACUACCUUGAACUAUGGGCAGCGCUGGUAUUCUGGUAAUGAGUGUGAGUCGGUCCAUAGCUAAGUCUGCAGGCGAGGAGAUGAGUGUCUCAAGCAGCCGGUCUCUUUGUGACCAUGAGAGUUCUCAUUCAGUCAGCUCAGUGCAGACACAGUAGGGGGGCCGUCACAGAACCACAGGCUACCUCAGCCCUGCCAUCAAAGAGACAUUUAGAUGAACUGCUGGGGAGACACUCCAAAACGGAGAGAGAGAGAAGUAGAGAAAGUAACAAUGGACCCGCAGGAUCAGAGGAAAACCAUUACCGUGAGAUGUACAGAAAUAGCCCUGUUCAGAUGUUCCGUGUGACAGCAAUCAUCAACAUGCCUCAGCAUGCAUCCUGUUCCCAUGCCAACCAUUAAAAUUUAGAGGGAACGCACCACUAUCCUCCUGGUUUUACAGUCAGCUCAAACUGUCUUGUGAGCUGAACUAUGCUGGUGUUAUAUACCAUGUAGGCUAGUGGUUUUGCAUUUAGUCAAACAUGUUGCAAUGACUGGGGAUGAUCAUUCCUAUAGCCUACUAUUUGUCUCUCUUCCAAGUGUUUUUAGAAUAACCAUUUUGCAGUGUCCUGUACAAUGUCAGCCAGUGUUUAGCUGUAGGCAUGACAUAUUCCUUCACUAUCAUUGCUAUUGGCUAUAUACAGGAAAUGGCUCCAACAUCUGUUUCCCUUUGUUGGAACUUUGGGAAGGACUGUGGAUGAAACUGGACUCAUUCUUGACCAGGGGAUUUUAAUGUGUUUCUUUGACUGGACCCGGGCUGUAUACAUUACAUUGCACAUUUAACAUGGGAAAGAAACAGUGCCACUAAAGCAUUAACAAGCAUGAAGGAUGUUGUCAUUCCAAGGCUCACAUAAGUUAUUAGGCCUAUUUCCCACCAUAAAAGCAUUCUAGAAAUUGCUCUGAGCAAAACCUUUGCUUGAUUUGGGGAAUUAGACUAAAAUACAGUAAUACAGGACUGGCCGGCUGCUAUGCAGAUUGAAUGCAGGUGACGCUGUAGCUGAAAGUGAAGUAGUAAUUAUAUGGUGAAGCUUGAACAUGUACAGUGCCUCGUCUGACAGAAAGAUUAGUGUGUCAUAUUGACUGGUCAGUGUUUUGCGUCCAACUUCAGCAGCACUAAUCUAGGAGGAGAAUCCUAGAGGAACAUGAAUCACCAAAGGAAUGCCGAUAACUCGAUACUCUACGUUUCCAUGAAUAGCCUACAAUAACAUUUAGCAAGACCAGGGCUUUCACCUUUAUUCCCUCUCUGUCUAGCUUGUAAAUCUAGGAUAACUAAAUCAACAGUCCCAAAUACCCCAUGUGCACUAGAGCCGGGCCAUUCAUUAUUUAAGGGUUACUCUACUCACUCCAGCUGUGAGUUAACCUGGGCCUGCUCUGGAAUAUCCUUUCUUUGCUUCCUUCACUCCUCCUUUCCCCUCCUGUAUGUAGGGCCUCUCUGUUGAGCCUCUUGAUCAUUUAUCAUCAGCCCAAUUCACUGUGCUAUUAAUUCCCUCACGUUCCUCUUACUUACUUACUUACUUUAUUGUCCCCAUGGGGAAAUUUUGUUGCAGUGUCAUGUACACAUUUAAAGUAGUACAUUUAAAGUGUACAUCCCUCUACUACAGAUGUACACAUCUGUAGUAGAGGGAUAGAUAAGAAAAGGGCGGGAGGGAACCAUUUUGUUUUCCAUCUGGCCAGCCGUGGAGACUUCUCUCUCUCUGCUCUGGCCCCUGACUAGGGCCCCCAGAGCUUCAGAUACAGUCACAGCAGGUGUGGGACUGGGACUCUGAAUGAGACAGGGCUAGCUGAAGAGAAUUUGGUUCUGGUCUCUGGAGAAAUCCCACUCUCCCCUCCCAACACAUUGCACAUCAAUACAGGGAGUGGCGGCUGUGCUGUGGGUGGCACGGUCGGUUACUGACGAUAUCAGGUUAUGUAUCACACCACCAUAUCAAACCCUCACUACUAAACCCCAAAAAUCCACGACUACACCGCACCGCUCAGUCUGGUCUGCUUGAAUCAGUGUGUGUGUUGGCACUGCUAAAUACACUACUGUACACUACUGUACACUACUGCUAGCAUGACAAUUGUAGUUUGAAAAAUGGAUGCACUCACUAACUGUAAGUCGCUCUGGAUAAGAGCAUCUGCUAAAUGACUAAAAUGUAAAAUGUAGUUUUACCCCUUUCCAUCUGAAUAGCUAUUGGACAUAGGCAUUUACUAUACCAAAACAAAUAGCCAUGUCUGGUAUGUACUAUGAAUCCAUGCAAUCUUGGUCUUAUCUCAUCCACAAAAGGCGUGGUAAGAAAUCGUUCAUAUGGACCUGAUUAAACUGUGCUCUGGGGUUAGAGCACCUUCUGCUGGCCAGGCGUUGACAUUAGCAUGGUGUGCUGAUUUGAAGAGCUCUCUGAAGUAUGCAUAAAUGAAUGGAGAAUAUUAAUAUUAUAUAAAGCUUGAAUAUGUGUUGUCUUGUCUGUGCUCCUUCAGCUCCAGUGAUUAACGUGAUCGAGGCCCAGGACUCAGCCCCCACCUCUGUGGAGAACGGCAGGGAGCCUGGCCUGGAACUCUCCUCUGACUCCAAGGUAAGAGAGGAGGGAGGGGGAUGAUCUAACUCAAUCUCUUCUCUUUCAAGGAAGAACCAGACAUCCUGUUGGAUUGGAAAUGAAUUGUCUAUGUCUGUGACUGAUGCCUAAUGAUUUUAUCUUAAAGAAAUGCCCCCAAGGUUUCACUACAGGAAACUCAAUUAAUUAUGUCUACGGUCUAUCUUAGAAUUACGAGCUAUAGGAUGACAUUCUGAACUGUCUCCUUCGUGCCGUGCUAACUCCUGUAUAAAGGAUCAUAGUCAUCCUUACUUAACAGUGACUUGGCCAUAAAAGCCAUGUAAUUAGUUCAUUAUGUAACCUGUGGUACUGAGAGGAAAAGAUUCAGAGGCUCAUCUCUUCAGUGAUAAAGGCUCAGCUCAUUGGGGGCACUGUCUUAGUUGUACUAGGGCUAAUGUACACCAAGAGGACCCCCUCUCCCCCUCCUACCAUUGUGAUAUUAAUCGAGACUCCACUAACUGCAUUCUUGUCCGGGGGAUGUUGUCCUGCCAUGGUCAUGGAAUAUUUAUGGUUCUCUGGGGGUUUACCUGGAAGUUAAUAUUAAGGAGACAGAGCUGAAAGUAAUAGAGUUUUGAAUUCAAGUUGAAUGAGAACAACCAGAGUAUGACUGUGCUGUAUCUCAAUCUCUAACUCAAUCGCAAAGACCUACCUGCUUUUGGGUCGCUUUAGUUUCUUCCUACUCCUGUUAUCUACUCUGACUCUCUGCCUCUGUCCACUAGUGUUGUCAGUUCUGAUCCUGUUGUUGUACAGAUGUAGAAUGUGCUUAACCCUCCUCCCCCAGCACCUCCUGGACCACCCCCUUACCUUUGACCCCUGACCUCUCACACUGCCCCCUCGUCUUCACCCGUGUCACUCUGCUGCACCCCUGACCUGACACGUCUCACUGACUAAUGGUGUGUUUCUUUCUCCCCUCUCCUCUCUCUUCCUGCACACUCUUUCCUGUUAACGUUUAUCAUUUUUCACACAUUUGUUUCUUCUCUCGGUUGUGAUUAUUGCUUGUGUUUUUCCCCCUCACCCUUUCCUUCCCUGCAUGGUGUCUACAUGUGGGGGGAAACGACGGGUCAAUCACUGUGCAGUCAAUCUUCAUGUUCCCCCUGUCCUUCUCCUCCUCCUCAAACUCAUCCCUCCCUCCCAUCCUCGACACCAUCUCUGAGCUGGACGUUCUGUCUGACAUCUCGGAGGACGACCCCCUAUCCUGGGGCCAGCUAGAUGGGGAUGGGGACUACCCGGGUAUUUGGGUUCCUGAUUUUACCCCCCAGCAGCAUGCAGACAGCUUGGCUGCAGCAGAGCACUACCAUCACCAGCCUCUAGAGGCCUCUCCUCCCCCCUCCCCCCUAACCUGUAGCUCAGAGCCCCAGGAAGGGUCACCCGUCCAGGCCAAGGAUGCGGCUCAGUCCAGGCUGGGCUUCUCCCUGCUGGGGAUGUUGACGGGCCUGCGCCUGGGCCUCCUGCCCUUCUCUCUGCUGGACGAGGACGGCUACCUCUGCUUCCCCAGCCUGCCCCAGGACUGUGCUGCCUGCUUGGUCCCCGCGGGGCUGCAGCACUACCUGCCCCUCUCCUCCCCCUCUGUGGUGCCCUCAUUCAUGUUCAUCUUGGCUUUGCUGCUGUCUGCCUCCCAGUCCCUGGCUCUGGCCUUCCUCCUGGCCAUGCCCCUGGCCCUGUCGAUCUGCUACCUGGAGCCUAAGGCACCUGUCCCCGCUCAUGCCCCCGUGGCCACGCCCUGCUUAGACACACACACCGACACCCACACUUUCCUGCUGCAGGAAGAGCUGUGUGACCAGCUGUGUGACCCCGCUGCCUAAAUGUCACCCCCCCCCCCCCCCCCCCCCCCCCGGCUUCUGUCAGCUCCUCCCACCCCUCACUUCAGCCAGAGGUCUGUGUGUUCUGCCUCCCCUCCCUCCCCGUCAGCUCCUUCCACCCCUCACCUCGGCCAGAGGUCUGUGUGUUCUGCCUCCCUCCCUCCCCCUGUCAGCUCCUCCCUCCCCCUGUCAGCUCCUCCCUCCCCGUUACGUUUCACUCUCCCGUUUCCUUUCUUCUUAAAACCCUUGAUUUUCUGUCUAAAAUUACUAAAUAGAAUUUAAAUUUUUCGCCAUUCUUCAGAGAUUUUAAAUGAGUUCUUAAGACAAUCAUUGUUAUUGUACCAGUAUUGGCUGCUCUGUCAUAAAUCGUUUGUGUUAAAUGAAUACGAGCAAAAUAAUUUACACCUUUUUAGUGUUGUAAAAUAAUAAUAAUUAAUCCUGUUUCCCCAUCUGUUUGGCUGUACAUGCCUUGUUCAUAUACAGGUAGAUUUACAGUGUACAGUUGAAGUCGGAAGUUUACAUACACUUAGGUUGGAGUCAUUAAAACUAGUUUUUCAACCACUCCACAAAUUACUUGUUAACAAACUAUAGUUUUGGCAAGUCGGUUAGGACAUCUACUUUGUGCAUGACACAAGUAAUUUUUCCAACAAUUGUUUACAGACAGAUUAUUUCACUUAUAAUUCACUAUAUCACAAUUCCAGUGGGUCAGAAGUUUACAUACACUAAGUUGACUGUGCCUUUAAACAGCUUGGAAAAUUCCAGAAAAUGAUGUCAUGGCUUUAGAAGCUUCUGAUAGGCUAAUUGACAUCAUUUGAGUCAAUUGGAGGUGUACCUGUGGAUGUAUUUCAAGGCCUACCUUCAAACUCAGUGCCUCUUUGCUUGACAUCAUGGGAAAAUCAAAAGAAAUCAGCCACACAGCCGUCAUACCGCUCAGGACGGAGACGCGUUCUGUCUCCUAGAGAUGAACGUACUUUGGUGCGAAAAGUGCAAAUCAAUCCCAGAACAACAGCAAAAGACCUUGUGAAGAUGCUGGAGGAAACAGGUACAAAAGUAUCUAUAUCCACAGUAAAACGAGUCCUAUAUCGACAUAACCUGAAAGGCCGCUCAGCAAGGAAGAAGCCACUGCUCCAAAACCGCCAUUAAAAAAGCCAGACUACGGUUUGCAACUGCACAUGGGGACGAAGAUCGUACUUUUUGGAGAAAUGUCCUCUGGUCUGAUGAAACAAAAAUAGAACUGUUUGGCCAUAAAGACAAUCGUUAUGUUUGGAGGAAAAAGGGGGAUGCUUGCAUGCCGAAGAACACCAUCCCAACCGUGAAGCACGGGGGUGGCAGCAUCAUGCUGUGGGGGGUGCUUUGCCGCAGAAGGGACUGGUGCACUUCACAAAAUAGAUGGCAUCAUGAGGAAGGAAAAUUAUGUGGAUAUAUUGACGCAACAUCUCAAGACAUCAAUCAGGAAGUUAAAGCUUUGUCGCAAAUGAGUCUUCCAAAUGGACAAUGACCCCAAGCAUACUUCCAAAGUUGUGGCAAAAUGGCUUAAGGACAACAAAGUCAAGGUUUUGGAGUGGCCAUCACAAAGCCCUGACCUCAAUCCUAUAUAAAAUGUGUGGGCAGAACAGGGAGGCCUACAAACCUGACUCAGUUACUCCAGCUCUGUCAGGAGGAAUGGGCCAAAAUUCACCCAACUUUUGUGGGAAGCUUGUGGAAGGCUACCCGCAACGUUUGACCCAAGUUAAACAAUUUAAAGGCAAUGCUACCAAAUACUAAUUGAGUGUAUGUAAACUUCUGACCCACUGGGAAUGUGAUUAAAGAAAUAAAAGCUGAAAUAAAUCAUUCUCUCUACUAUUAUUCUGACAUUUCACAUUCUUAAAAUAAAGUGGUGAUCCUAACUGACCUAAGACAGGGAAUUUUUACUAGGAUUAAAUGUCAGGAAUUGUGAAAAACUGAGUUUAAAUGUAUUUGGCUAAGGUGUAUGUAAACUUCCGACUUCAACUGUAUAUAUAGCUCUGUUAUCAAGUUAGUUUUGCCCUAUAAGGACGUUAUUGCAGUGUUGCACCCCCUGUCCCUGUCCUGUUCACUGUUAUUAGUCGCCAUUUAAUACACUACAGUUUCUGACAUUUAAUACACCACAGUUUCUGACAUUUAAUACACCACAGUUUCUGACAUUUAAUACACUACAGUUUCUGACAUUUAAUACACCACAGUUUCUGACAUUUAAUACACCACAGUUUCUGACAUUUAAUACACUACAGUUUCUGACAUUUAAUACACUACAGUUUCUGACAUUUAAUACACCACAGUUUCUGACAUUUAGGCAACAAUAAGAAACAUAAAUUAGGAAAUGACAGAUGACACAAUGGUUGAAUCAGCUCUACACAGAAAAAUGACCAAUAUCCCGAGGCCAGCAUGUGAACCCCCCCCCCAUCCCAUCAUGCCUCACUCUCAUGUGGGCAGAGCCUGGGCGCUCCUCCCUCAGUCACAUGACAUUGUACCGUUAGGUGGUGCUGCUUGGAAUCAAGCUUUUCCAUCAUCCAUUUCACCUUUUCUUUCUCCCCGACAAAAAAACAUUCCCACUACAAAGACCACACAGGUAGAGGAGGAGCCUAGCGAAGGGGCGGCGGCCACACCUACUGAAGGCACUGAGGUCUGUGAGGGCAGUGGCCAUCUUUACCAUCAUACUGCACCUUUAAGAUUAUUUGUAAUACAGUAUAAACAUGGAGCUCUGGGCAGUGCAGGUGUCAAACUAACAUGUCCUUUUCUCCUGGGCACUCACAGAUGAAAAGAGAUGAGCCAGACUCCUCCCAGCAGGUUGAUUGAUUGAUUAACUGUGAUUGGUUGUUUGAUGGUGAAUUUGUCUAUAGAUCAUCUUGGUUUUUUCACAUCCUCUCUGCUCUUUAUUUUGUAUGCUGGGUUUCACUUUUGCGGCAGGAAUGUAGGCUUUGUUUUUGGUUUCUUUGUGCUGGUGCCACUGUGAUGCUCUGUGACACGUGUAUGGUUUUUUUCUCAUGCUUACAAAAGGAGCACAACACACUGCUGUUCAACCACACGCCACCACAGCUGAACAUGAUGAGGAUAGGACAUUGUUCUGGAUAGGCUUGCCUUAGCUGCAGCAUUCUAAGGAUGAACACCCAAAUAAGCUCUACAUUGUGAGGAGUAAAUAUUCUCUAUCUCUACAUAUUAGUAUUAGAGUUGAUCACUACACAGCUAAGGUGACGUGUGGUUUGGAGAGGGUCCAUUGUGGUCUGCUCUGACCAGUAGUGGACGUCCAGUGUAGUUGUGUCCCAGUCUCCACAGCCUCUGCUCUGUACUGGAACUGUCCCGACUGCACAGGUUCUCACCUCUGGCUGCUUGGGCAUUUUAUUUCAUUUUUUUAUGUAUUUUUCACAAAUGCGUCUUCAUUUUUUGAUUCCACAGAGCGGAAAGUUGAGAGUGCAGGGGGAAAAUAUAUAUGUCAGACAUAGCAAUUUAAUGUUGGAGGUUGGUAUGACUGUGAUAACUAUUGGCCCCUAACUAAAGGGAAUCAAAGCCCAUGCCUGUGACCUCUCUCUUGGCUCCUGUCCCAGACUGUCUACUCCAGUUUAGCUCUCACUCUCAGGCUCUGUGUGUAGCUCUGUGUGUAGCUCUGUGUGUGUGUGUGUGUGUGUGUGUGUGUUUGAACACCAAUGCAUGAUUUUGCAUGUUGGAUGGGGUGCAUGUCCGACCAAACAGGGUUUGGGGUUUAUUGGGGCGAGGGUGACCGCUGAUGAGCGCUUACCCUCUCCUGUUAUUGAUUUGAAAAUUGUUUUGGAUAUUUAGUAUUUUCCAGUGGUGUGUUUUUAACAGGACUAAUGUUGUUUCCCUAACCCAUAUAGGGAUUUUCCUGCUCUGGUUGGCUUGAUUUGAGUUGUGAAUUUGUAAUGGUGUAAUAACAAACUAAACCUACCCAGAGUGUUCUCUAAUCUCACACAUUAGAAACGUGGAACUGUCAUUAGUGCCCUUUAAAAUCGUGUGAUUACCAGAAUGGCUUUUUACAGUAUUUAACCCCCUAGAUUCGACGUCUGCGCCCCUGCGGAAAUCUAAUUAGCAUAAAAAUCCAUCAGUUUAAGCUAGAGAUGUUUUUUUGCAUUGGAUGUGUCUCAAUCCACCUCAUCCAGACCAUGAGACAUCACAAAGAUCAUAUUGUUAUGACCCCUCUGGAUCAUAUUGUUAUGACCCCUCUAUGGAUCAUAUUGUUAUGACCCCUCUGGAUCAUAUUGUUAUGACCCCUCUGUGGAUCAUAUUGUUAUGACCCCUCUGUGGAUCAUAUUGUUAUGACCCCUCUAUGGAUCAUAUUGUUAUGACCCCUCUAUGGAUCAUAUUGGUAUGACCCCUCUGUGGAUCAUAUUGGUAUGACCCCUCUAUGGAUCAUAUUGUUAUGACCCCUCUAUGGAUCAUAUUGUUAUGACCCCUCUGUGGAUCAUAUUGUUAUGACCCCUCUAUGGAUCAUAUUGUUAUGACCCCUCUGUGGAUCAUAUUGUUAUGACCCCUCUAUGGAUCAUAUUGUUAUGACCCCUCUGGAUCAUAUUGUUAUGACCCCUCUGUGGAAAGAUGAGAACACGAUUUUGUCCUCCGUUUUGCUCUACGACCCCCACACGCGUCUUGGGACUCGUCUGAAGUCGGCACAGCCGAUCUGCCAACUUCGGUCUGUUUGGGCUACAAACUUCCCCUCUGUGGAAAGGUGAGACUCUCACGAACACGUACAUGUCGGUUGUUUUGCUCUAGGACGCCCACAGGCCUCACAAGACUCGUCUGAAGGUCCCCUUGUACCAGUUGAAAAAAUUAAUGGAAGUAUAUAUGGAGACUGUUUUGUGGCAAAAAUAAGGGUUUAAAUACAUGUAAAAAAAUAUAUAUAUAUAUAUAUAUAUAUAUAUAUAUAUAUAUAUAUAUAUAUAUAUAUAUAUAUAUAUAUAUAUAUAUAUAUAUAUAUAUAUAUAUGUAUAUAUAUGUAUGUGUGUGUGUGUGUGUGUGUGUGUGUGUGUGUGUGUGUGUGUGUGUGUAACAAAUGUUUCCUGAUCUUUCUUAUAUCUCUCAUAUAUAGGACAGACACUUCAGAUCAAACUUCCUUUAGAUUUAUUUUGGGGAUUAUCUGUUGUUCCAUGUAGUGAAUCGGUUAUUCAAUUCGUUUGUAUUGGCUAAUAGCAAUAAGGUCAAAAGUAAUUUUUCAUCCAAUUAUUUUAUGUUUUUUUUGAUACUUCAAGGGGUCUAAAAAUUCUAAAUCAAAUGGCUAAAUGAGCCUUGGUAUGACCUUAAAACAUUUCCAUAUAGCUUAGUAGAACCAUGCGAUGUAUAAUUUCACACCUGCUGACUUGUGUUACAACAAGACUAACGCAGUUCAAAGUCCUUGUUCAACAGUCUCAUAAAGGGAAAAUGUAUCCCUCUGGUUGGGUUCCACUGGCAGUUCCACGUUUUGAUGUUCACUACUGAACUAAAGGGUAAAACUCAUAAAGCCUCGCCUCACUGAUGCCUCUCUCAUCACAACCCUUGAUCAGUGUGGAUGUUUUCUACAUCCUCUUCUCUAAAAGGGGUCACAACAAGUUGAACCCAGAGUGCUUUAAAUUGGAUAUUGUUACCUGCUAGUUAGAGUGAGGUCAGGAUUGGGACAGUGUGCAUGACCAUUUGAAAUAAGUAGUACCCACUAAUACCCUGUACAUUCUGUGGAGUGAUAUUGCCUCCUGGUGGCUCCUUAGGAAAUGCACUCUUUACUCUGAGCUAGGUCUAAAACGGUUCACCCAUACACACACUAAAAUGAACCAUAAACGGGCAGUCAGUGAGGCUUGGCGUCCAUCCUGUUACUAUCAUGGUUUACAGACUAAUGCACAUGUUGUCUGUUGUUCCCCCAUUUUGUCCUCUCCACCAUGGCUAUGUUUGGCGUCCUCCUGACACCGCUAGGACCUGGAUAAGACUCAGGAGGAUGUUUUGAAACAUCAGGCUAGCAUUAGUGAGUUAAAGCGCAGUUUUAUGGAGGCCACCCCUGAACCGCGUCCCAGUCAGUGGGAAAAGCGCCUCACUGCCAGCCCGGCUACCAGCCUGCGUCUGCAGGCCCAAGGGGUACGUGUCCAGCCGUGUCCUCCUGUCCCACCAGCCUGCCUGCAUGUCCUCUACUCUCCUCCCUGUCUCCACCUCUCUCUGAUCUGUCUCCAGUCUGCAGGGAGGCCCUGGCUCCAACCUCUAUCCCCUGGUUCUGACUCUCUAUGUUUGAUUAUGAUGUGACAGUUGGAUAUAGAAGUAUCACCCCUUCUCCCUCUUCCCCUUCUCUCUGUGGUCCUAAUUCCACAAACUCUCAGCAGCACUCCAUACCUCCCCUCCACUAGUCCCCUGAACAGACGAGUAGAUCACUCUCUAAGAAUAUCACUUGUCGGUCCUCUCCACACGUCACUGGAUUGCAUUGCUGCUCUCUCUCUCUCUCGCUCUCGCUGUCUCGCUCUCCCAUCUCUCUGACUGACUGUGUUAAGUGGAUUUAAAGAUAUUACCCAUUAUCCCAACUGUCACACGAGGGCCGCUGUCUGUGGGCUCCUUAAUCUACCUGUAGAUACUAUUCUUCUCUCAGCCAAUGGCUGAGCUAGCUUCUCUUCUCCCUCAGCCAAUGGCUGGCUGAGCUUCUCUCUCUACUGUACUUCACCCUGUGGCUGUUAUGAACCGUCAGCCUCCAAUCGAAUUAAUUCUGACUGUCCUUUUGCUCUGAGAGUUUAGUGACUGUCUGUCCAGAUCUUAAGCACUGUGGUCUCUUUUAUUUCUGUUCUGAGCUGUAGCUACACAUUAUAUUUCAAUAUGUCACGCUGCACCAACCAAUGUUCUUUUGCGCUUGUUUUUCUGUGCUGUUCACAAUUUUCUCUGCCUCUUACGUUUUGAAUUUACACAGAACAUAAGGGCUUAUUUGCACUACUGUUGAAAAUUCCAUUCUUUCUGAGCUUUAAUUUUCACUGCUGUAUUAUUUCAAAACGGUAUGCUUCAUUCACGUGCACUUGUGCGUCGGUGUAAACGCUCCUCCUCCUUUCAGCUGGACAAGCCUCACUUUUGAGUUCCUACUUCAAGUGUCUCCUCUUGUGAUUUCCCACCCUGUGUUUCAGACCUGUGUUUGACUGUGUUGAGUGACGUACUGCAUGCCUCUUGUCACUCUGUGUCUACACCCAACAAGAAAGGUGAUAGUGUUCACACACAGGCCUUGGCUGGGUCCUGGACCUGUGUGAUAAACAGUGUGUGUGUGUGUGUGUGUGGCAUGUCUGUGUGUUGCAGAUGUGCUGCCUCAUUCUUAGAACACAAACCUCCAUCAUCCCUGUCUCUCUCUGUGUUUCAGAGCUGAACAUUUCUACUCUGUCACCUUUUCCAGCUUUCCUCUCUCCAGUUUCUCUGUGAUGUCACUCUGCCGCCGUUAGCCACUGUAUAGUUUUAAGGGCACUUCUAUGUCUUCUGUUGUGUUUUUGUACUGUGUAGACUAACUUGUGAAAGUGACAACUAUUCUUCUUCUCUUCUCUCCAUAAGUGUGUCUGUCCGUCCUCUAACUCUGACCUCUUUGCUUUGUCAUUCUCUAACCCGUGUAGAGCUUAGAAGAGGAAAUUACCUCCAUUUUAUUCAGUACAUUUGCCUGUGAGUCUGGUCUGGUUGACCCCGGCUGUAGCACCAUUAAGAACAGCAGAGGGCGCUGGCGCUGUAUUCUCUGGCCCAAUGGCCUCAGCUCCACUCACUGCCCAGGUGCUCCUCAGUACAGAUCAAAUAAAACCAACAAAACAUCAGUGUCGUUACCAUGCCACAACUAAUGUAUUGUCCAUUGUUCCAUCUCUCUGCUGCUAUAGCAAGUUCAUGACCAGUCCAGACCACCACACACAAUCAAAGUAAUGGCCGCAUUUACAGUGUAUACACAUUAUUGUGACAAGAUGUGUCAUUGGCUUGGCGAUGCACAGUAUGAUGCAAUUCUAAGUAUUUGCAGAUAACCUUAUUCGCAGAUGACAUACUAAUUUUGUACACAAGCUGUAAGAGAUUAUAGAGCAAACAAGGCUGGCCAUAAACUUCGGCGUGAAUAUUUUCUUGACAUUUCAUUAUCUUCUGUCAUUCGCCACUUCUUUCUCUGAAUGCUCAUGUUCUGACUUCUUUAAGUGUUCUGUGUGUUACUACACUAUAUGUUUUUAUGUAGAACUGUUAAAGGUUCUAUUCCUACAGAUGGGUAAUGAGAUGGUAAUGUUUGUGCAUGGCAGAGAGAGAGAGUCUCUUCCUCCUAACCUGCUCAGAGGGGAACCUGUACAGUGCUAUGGUAACUAACCCUAGUGAUUCCUGAUGCCAUGCUGAUGUGUGUGAGUGACCGCUGCCUGUUGGUUGCCUUUGUUCCACAGAGGAGCCCCCCACCCAGAACCCAGGAGCCUCUCCCUGACCUCACAGUGGACACGGUCGCUAAGGUGGUCCCCCCCAUCUAACACCCCCACCUUCUGCUAUCUCUCCCCCACACAUACUCUUAACCACCAGCUCAUCUAUCUUUUUUUAUUCCAGAUAUCUCUUCUUCCAGCCAUUCAUCCAUCUAUCUCUCUGUUUGCUGUUUGCCAUUAUGCUGGCUGUUCUCCAUCUGUUGCCAUUUCCAUCCAUCCUUAUGUUUGUUACGUUGGGUUUUUUAGUUGGUGUUGUUGUUGUUGUCCUUUGUUGGGUUGUGUGGUCAUCUUUUACGUUAUUGUUGUUCUCUCUCCAUCCCGUUUGUUGUUUUUGUUCUCUGGUGUAGAGUUCAGAUGACAAACAGAAAUCAGACGAUGCGACGUGGCAGGCAGCAGAGGUUGAGAUAGAAGAGACAGUAGUCGUCGAGGAGAUCAGGGUGGCCCCCAAAGGCUCCGUCACCAUCACCACCCCCGAGGUGGUGGUCACCCCUGUCGCCGUGGAGACAGAGGUCGAGAAGCCCAAAGACGAAGUGAUAGAGGAAGUGAAGGAGGAAGUGAAGGAGGAGCAGAAGAGGCCUGUGAGCGUGUCCUCGGACAGCCACAGUGAGAGCGAGGAGGAGGAGGCGGGGGAGUACCACCCCCAGGUCACUGUCAGCGCCUCAGUGGACCAGAUCAAAGAAGAGCCUGAGGAAGAGGAGAAGGAGGAAGCGAAAGACCAUGAGGAACCAGAGCAAGUUGCAGAGCCAGAACCACUCCCAGAGGUCGAGGAAGAGGCCAAGCCUGCCCCUGCAGUAGUGGAAGAAACCCCUGUGGCAGAGACAGAGACGGCCCCUGUGGCCGAAGCCCCCGAGGAGGAGGAGGAGAGCACAGAGGACAUCCUGGUCACCCCUCACGAGGCCCCUUACGGGCACGCCGAGGCCCCUGAGGACCAGCCUAGCCUGGUGGCCCUAGAAGAAGAGGAAGAGGAGGAGCCCAGAGUCAACGGGGACGCGUCUCACGCUGAGACGGAGCGCCUCCCCCAGGUUAUUUGUUGCUCUGAGGUAAAUGAAUGCCUGCUGUCUCCCAGAGCUGCGUAGUGCUGAGCCGUGCACACGCACUUCUGACCUUGAACACCACCCACCUCCCCUCCUACCUACCUACUACAUACCUAGCUUCCUACUGUACCUACACACCUACCUGCUGCUUCUCUACUCUGUCUGUCCAUGCUUCUCUCGCUUAGCACCUGAGCGUCACAGCAAUGAACGGCUAUCUGAAGGCCUUUCACCUGCACAGCGAUCGCUUGGGCUAUUUUUCGAAGGAAGUUAAAUGUUGAUAAGUGAUAAUCGUAAGAAAUAAUGGCUAAUAUCCCCCAGCAGCAGCACCUUCCGUUGUGGAUCUGUGCCAAAGUGCUGCCCUCCUCUGUCAAUCUGUACCCCCCAGACUACUUCACUGUAAUCAUUACCACCUCAGUGCACCACGUUUCUGUUGGUGUUUUAUUUUUACUCUACGUACUGUACUGUGUCCCUUCAUACAUUAUACAUACUGUGAGCACUAUGUAUCGGUCGCCCCUGGGCCCUGUGUUUGUGAAUUGCAUGGGAGUGGAGGCGUUGUUGUUGUGCACUGCAUGUUGUGUGUGUUACAGCAUGGGGAGUGUCUCCUCCCCUGUAUAGGGUCUUUGUUUGUCUAAGUGCUUGGGAGAGAUGUGUUAUUGCCUGGUCGUUGGCAUUCAUUACCACCGUGACUGUCUUCAAGGACUCGUCCUCCCAACCACUUAAAUAUCACAACGUUCAUUUGUGGGAACGUCAAUGCAUGUCUGUGUCGUGCUGUUGGUCGCCUGUGGCAAAGAUCAAAGCAAAAAUGCAUUGUGCAGUUACAUCAUAAUUACUUAAAUUGACUUAAUUUGCCUUUUUGCAUUUUCAGUUGGUAACUUAGCUUGCAUGUGCUUGGUUGCAUGGUUACGCCAAAGAGAUUGUAGUUUAUAGUUAUGUGAAAUUUUGUAACGUCCAUUUGCAGCCUGUGCGUGAGUUCUGUUCCUUCUACUUUAGAGGUUGUGCUGUGUUUGCUUUGCCCUUGCAUGUGUUAUUUGCGUAGUGAAGUGGACCAGCUUGGGUGUGUGUCUGUCCUGACUCUCCCUCCCUGCCCUCCAGCCUCCUGUGGUGAAGACAGAGAUGGUGACCAUCUCAGACACGUUUGCGGCCCAGAAGAUGGAGAUUGCCACUAAGGAAGUUCCCAUCGUGCACACAGAGACCAAGACCAUUACAUACGAGGCUGCACAGGUAGGACCACUCUUUAGAUAGCCCACCACAACUAUAUUGCUAGUGUUCAGACGGGUAAUAUGAUGCUCAAACUGGCUCUGUGUGUUUGUUCUCCAGCUGGACGGCAGUGGAGACGGUGAACCAGGCGUUCUUAUGACAGCCCAAACCAUUACAUCUGAGUCGCUGUGCACAACCACCACCACACACAUCACCAAGGUAACUACAUGUAACCACACACAUCGCCAUGGUAACCACACAACCAAACACACCGCAAAGGUAACCACAUGUCGUCAUGGCAACCACACACAUUGCCAUGGUAACCUCAAAGCCACAUCCAUCUCCAAGGUAACGGCCCAGCUCUCCCUGGUCCAUUGUGUAAACACCAUGGUAUGAAAACUGUUUUGCUGGGAGGACUGGAUUCCAAUCUGGCAGCAUUAUUCAGUGUAAUCUUUGUGCAAAUGAAGAGCAGCCAACUCUGUAGUGUCGAUGCUUGGGGCUGGCACCUACCCAGCCCAGGCAGCAUUCCUCUGUUGUGACUUGAUGCAGACUCCUAGAUGCCAAACACCAGCCCCCGUACCUGGCUUAAGCAGACGCCUAACAGCAGUGGUGCACCUGCACUGCUGGACAGUGUUGCUAGCAGGCGCCUGAAGAUCUCUGGUUUUCCUAUGCUCUCUUGCUGGUGGCACCAAACUCAUUUAUACACAUAGCUGGGGAUGUUUUCUCUUUAAAUACUCCUCCAUGGGAGCACACAUGUCCACAAGGAGAUACUCGGGAUACUUCUAAAUGAAAUUUCAUGAAAAUCAGCUCAGUGCAUAAUUUAAGCCUCCUGAUGGAUUUGUUGUUUUACUAGUACAGUAUGUCUGUGCACUUAUCCUGGACAUCUGGCUGUUUGCAGACAUUAAAAGGUGGUCUCUCAGAAACCAGGAUCGAGAAGCGCAUUGUUAUCACCGGUGACUCAGACAUCGACCACGAUCAGGUGAGCGUCAGUCAGUCACACCAAUCAGACACGUCCUCUGGUGGGAACCAAUUACACAGUAUACCACAGCAGCUUGUACUACUGAAUGGAAGUUGUCGGCCUAAUACAAUUCUGUCACAUUUGUUCAUUUAGUGAACAUUUAUACUUAAUUAUGGAAAUAUGAUAUGCCAUACUACCAACUGCAAUCAAUCAAUCCCUCGCUCAUAUUAUGUGUAGUGAAUAUCUCAGCUGAAAGAGAUGCAUUGAUUCCUGUGACAAGACCCAGCUCUCUGAUUUAUAGUGUCAAGAGUUUAUUUUACCUCUGUAUGAGAGAGAGCUCUGCUAAUUUAUCUGUUCUCUGGUCAUUAAACUAAAGAGUACAGCAGACUGAUACACUCCACACAGAGGUCCCUGUAGAACGGACAAAUAUUCACAACAACAUAUGUUUCCACAGUAGAAGUUCACCCCAAACCCCAAAGGGACAAGCAUGGGCAGACGUCCAAGCCAUUCCAUUUGUACGUCCCUCCCCCUCCCCAACCCCUCCCAUCCUUUGUCCUCUCAUUUUAUGUUUUGCAGAUUUUUGUUGUUGUUGCCACCACUACUUUUCUCAUCUGUGUCCAUAAUGCCUCCAUUUUGUUUGUUUUCUGUUAUUUUGUGCUCCAUUAUUUCCGUUAAUGCCAUCGUCUCCCUUUCCUUUUGGGUGUGUUGUUGCCGGGUCGUGCUGCCACCCCGGGCAGGCCUUGGCCCAGGCUAUAAAGGAAGCCAAAGAGCAGCACCCUGACAUGUCAGUGACCCGGGUGGUGGUCCACAAAGAGACAGAGCUGGCAGAGGAGGGCGAGGACUGA